CUCACCUCCAACACCUCAACGAGCAACAACCACCACCCCACCACCAUCCCCCACCACCAGCAAAUCAUCUCCAUCUCCAUCGACUUCCAUCCUCGACCUACAGCUGUCACACCCCUGAUAACUGUCUCUACAAUGUCCCGCCGCUACGAUUCCAGGACUACCAUCUUUUCGCCCGAGGGCCGUCUCUACCAGGUCGAAUACGCGCUCGAGGCUAUCUCACACGCUGGUACAGCUCUGGGAGUCUUGGCCAAGGAUGGAAUCGUGCUUGCGGCGGAACGGAAGGUUACCAGCAAGCUGUUGGAGCAGGACACGAGCGCCGAGAAGCUGUACAUUCUCAAUGACAACAUGAUCUGCGCCGUCGCCGGAAUGACCGCCGAUGCGAACAUCUUGAUCAACUAUGCUCGGCAGGCAGCUCAGAACUACCUGAUGACCUACAACGAGGAUAUCCCUUGCGAGCAGCUGGUGCGAAGACUGUGUGAUCUGAAGCAGGGCUACACGCAACACGGAGGUCUCCGCCCUUUCGGUGUCUCGUUUAUCUAUGCCGGUUACGACUCGUCACGCCAGUUCCAGCUUUACCAGUCGAACCCUUCAGGAAACUACGGAGGAUGGAAGGCUACCUCUGUCGGAGCCAACAACGCUUCCGCUCAGAGCUUACUAAAGCAGGACUACAAGGAGGACUGUACUCUGACAGAGGCCUGUGCAAUCGCCGUGAAGGUGCUGAGCAAGACCAUGGAUAGCACUACGCUCAGUAGCGAGAAGAUUGAAUUCGCUACCGUAGGACAAGAUGCGGACGGCAAGGUGUAUCACCACCUGUGGACCGCGGAAGAGAUUCAGUCAUUGUUGAAGGAGCAUGGACUGGCGAAGGAGGUCGAGGAGGAGUCGUAGAGCAGUUUAGGAGCUCCCUACGCCUUUAAUGAAAAUCUACGAUCAUAGAGCAUCUGGAUGAGUGUUCGAUAAUUGGUUGAAAGCGAGCAAGCGCACAAGAUGCUUCAUUUCAAGAAAGAAAAGCAAUG